AGGAAAUCGUGGCAAGAUGGCGUCCCUGGAUCGAGUGAAGGUUCUGGUAUUGGGAGACUCAGGUGUUGGGAAAUCUUCACUCGUCCAUCUUCUGUGCCACAAUCAAGUGUUAGGAAAUCCAUCAUGGACUGUGGGAUGCUCAGUGGAUAUCAGAGUUCAUGACUACAAAGAAGGGACCCCUGAAGAGAAGACCUACUAUAUAGAACUAUGGGAUGUUGGAGGCUCUGUGGGCAGUGCCAGCAGUGUGAAAAGCACAAGAGCGGUGUUCUACAACUCUGUAAAUGGCAUCAUUUUAGUACAUGACUUAACCAAUAAGAAGUCAUCUCAAAACUUAUACCGCUGGUCCUUGGAAGUUCUCAAUAGGGAUGCAGUUCCAACCGGAGUCCUGGUGACAAAUGGGGAUUAUGACCGAGAACAGUUUGCUGAUAAUCAAAUCCCACUGUUGGUGAUAGGGACUAAACUGGACCAGAUUCAUGAAACCAAGCGCCAUGAGGUUUUAAUCAGGACCGCCUUCUUGGCUGAGGACUUCAAUGCUGAAGAGAUUAAUUUGGAUUGCACAAACCCACGGUCCUCAGCUGCAGGCUCCUCCAACGCUGUCAAGCUCAGUAGAUUUUUUGAUAAGGUCAUAGAAAAGAGAUAUUUGUUUAGAGAAGGUAAUCAGAUUCCGGGCUUUUCCGAUAGGAAGAGGUUUGGAGGAGGGACACUGAAGAACUUCCACUGUGACUGAGUUGCCCUCAGCCCUGGAAGAGGAAGGGAACAACAGCAGGGUCCACAGCUUCCUCUUGCUGUGUCGGGUCAUUAACUUCUCAGGCUUCGGUAAAAACAUCUCAAAAUGCUACCUCACCCUCUCAUGGAAGAUUGGAAGGAAGCAGCGACAUGGAAUGCCCUCGCUCUGCCCGUUCUCUGUACUCCUCACCACCCUGUCUCUGUUUAUAGCUUAUGUAAAAGCCUAUGAGGUCUUGUCAAACCCAUGCAGUAAAGGACUGGAGACAAGGGCUGCAGAGAAGGCUGACUCCUGCUUGGAACCAGAGGGUUUUACAGGCCUGCGAUUUCCCCAUACUUACUGCUGAAGGCUUAAUUAAGUACUUCAGAAACAUAUCUGUGUUGUUUUACCUUCCUGAGGGGAAAGGUCAUGUUAAUCAGCCCUGAGUUAUCUACCCCAACCAUCUCUGUCACGUUAAAAGAAGCCAAAUGGUGUUAUUUCAUUUUCUCUGUCCUCAUUCCCCACAGGGAUGCCUAAGAAUAGCAACCCCAUCUCCUCUGCGCUCUCUGGGAAAAGGCUUAGUGUCUGGGAGAGAGCAAUGAACUAAUAGCUGGAGUUAAAUAGAAAUACAAAUUAAUAAUACAUGGAGAGCAGACCAGGAAAGAAGGGUCUGUGAGACACCGACAGCUCCCCCUCUCUAUAGACUGUCGGAAGGCGCUUUCUGCUUUCUGUUUGGAAAUUGGACGAAGUCUGAGACACGCACAAGGCCAGUAAAACAGAUUUAUGCCUCUUUGGUGGGGUUUUCUUUUUUUUUUUUUUUUUUUUUUCCUUUUCUCAGUUUGGUUGGUUGUUGUCCUAUUUAUUUGUAAAGAAAUUCAGUUCCUGAAAUGUCCCUUAGUCUGAUGAACAGUAAACUAAUAAUAUUGUCCUUAUGCUAACAAUGUAUUUAUGAGAAAGUCAACUAGGUUCCAGAGUGACACAUUUACAUACAUUAUGAGCCGGGUUCGAGAGUUCACAGUCACACCACAGCUUUUGCUGGUGGUGUGUAUGUGUCUGCAUAAUUGUUCAUCAUUGUUUCUUAGUCUCUCCUUUUUGCUGGGUUAAUCUUUCGGCCCAAUUCCUUAGUUUAUAAAAUUGGUUGCCAAAAACGGCUGUAACUGGCUGCUGUGUUCAACACCUUGUUAUCCAGAUGCUCUGUCUCUACAGUGGCUCUCUACUCCCUGGUUUUAUACCAGAUUAAAAAAAUAAUAGUAUGAAU